AGAUGAGUGGCCUAUGGGUUCUGUUUCAUUGCUGGGGAAAACCUAUAUCUAAGGCGAGCAAAACUUGUAAUGCAAGCAUGCCAUUGUGUUCAAUGCAACUAUAUUCACUCAAGUCGUCAUGGUCUUGUGUCGUUGCCCAUACGAAGCAGACAGCACCGAUACAAGGAGGGAGCACACGCUUGGAAUUCAUUGCGACGCCCAAGAAGAACGGUGAGAGAAAUCCACCGAGAUUAUGCGCGGACACGUCAAUCCCUGGGCCUACCCUUGAAGGUACACCAGCGGCCUGUGCGUACGUACGCACGCACGCAGCAGGCUUCCACGCCCCCUGUCUGUUUGUCUUUCUGUCUGCCGCGUCACGAUGCCUUUGGCAGCCCUGUUGCAGCAAAACGUGGUUUCGACUCUUCGAGACGCAAUACCACCCACCCAUCGCGGCGAAAGAUCGGUGUUUACAAAGAUACAGAAUUUGCCGAAUCCCCCUCCCGUCCGAAUCGAUGCACAUCAAGCUUAAUCUGGAGGCAAAACGAUGAUGGAGGUGGUGGUGGACUGGUGGUGCACAACUCCGCAGUGGGUGUGCCGAGCUCCGAUGUGUCUCCACUUUUAGACCGCCGCGGUUGCGGGGUUAGCUUCCGUCCAAGUGGGGCCUCCUCGCUCUCCACUCGGCCUUCAUGUACAUGCACUCUGCAUGUACCUAACGUCCACUGAGCGGGCGUACGUACGUACUUUUGGACAGAAGUUGUAGGCACAAGCACUAGAUUACCCUCUUACAUGACUUAUGAGUAGAGAAUUAACACAGUCAUACCAGAGUAGUAGCAAGGGAUAGACGGACCGAGGUGAGCUUCCACUUCGGGGAGCCGGUCGAUGAUGCAUUUAUUCAUGUCGGCGAUCUUUAGAGCGGCCGAAUGUGAACACCUUGACAAUCCAAGUUAGCUGGGCAAACCAACCCCGCUCGCCCCAGCGCUACGUGUGCAAGAUGAUCGCCUCCACUGCUAGCGUGAGCGCCUGGGCUUUCUGUGCCCUCUUCUGUGUGCCCCUCGAAACCAGGAAUGCAGACAUAUCAAUCAGCACGCUAAAUCAAAGGAUGUCAGCCGCUGUUAGCACCUCGUGCUAUGGACGCGAUCACAGUCAUGUCACCAGGUACAUAAGGCCCUGCAGGAAUCGUCGUCGAAGCAAACUGCAUACAUUGUACGUAGGAUACCGUU